AUGCUCACCGAGACUAGCACUACAUUGGUCUAUCGAUCACCUUCACCGACUCCUGGCUGUAAACUAAAUACCCAGGAUUGCAUUCCCAUCUGGCAGACCUACACCAGUCUUUCGAAGGCCUAUCAGUCCUCUGUCACGACUGAAGUACCUGGAGAUACCAACAGUCCUAUCCGACCGGAAAGCUGCCCAUCUACGACGCGAGACUAUACUGAUCCUGAUGCAUGCAAUAAUUGCCAUUAUCUCCCGGAUACAGCAACCCUCUUUUACUGGCCGGUGACCACCAGUGGAGGUCUCUGUCUGCAGAAUGGAAGCACCAUCCCUGCCACGCCGACGGGAGAUGGGCCCAAUACCGCCGUUGUCGACGGGAAUACGUUCGUCUCUCCAAGCGUUUAUGUUUCCUUUACCAGCAUCUACGCGCGGAGUAACCAGCGCGCCCACCCUGGUGGCCCCUGCGGCGAUGAUCAUGAAAAUGUGAUUAUUUCUGUCAACCCAGAAGCGAUUACAUCUUACCGUAACCAUAUCAACGCAAAAUAUCCCAAAAUUGGAACCGCGUAUCCUUUCAAUUUGGCUGAAUACCAACAGCAUCAGGUCGGAAAUUAUACGAUGUCGCUAAUCCCUUGGGAGCAAUACCUUGGUGGGUCUCAGUGUGUGUCCGGAGGCGGUGGUUGUAGCAUGAUUCGCGAUGACUAUCUUCCGUGGCUCGAGAUGCCAGACGUCAUGACACAGGUUGAUCCCCGGUGGACCAGUUGUCAUCGGUCCUGGUAUAUUCCACCGGUUAGUCUAGUGCCGCUGGUAGGUGGACUAGAGUCGCGACCAACGGGCAUGGCGGAGGCGAGCAGCACCCCGGCUACUCCGGCGCUUCCUUCGUCGGGGCUGGCUGCGCCCACUCCGGAGGCUACCUGA